AUGAUGGCGGAAGAAGAAAGCAGACCCUUGCUGUCGCAGGACGCCGCUGGCCAAGAGUACCCACUCACCAGGGACAGUCUACCUGCUGCAAAUAUUACAUAUCCAACACUCUGGAAGGAUCAGAAAGGGGCCUGGGGCUGCAGAUGCUGUCCUGGGGCAAAGCACCAGUCCUGGAGGGGAGGCCAGGCCUCCUCCCUCCCCCUUUCCACGGGGAGCAGCUGUGUCAAGUAUCUGAUUUUCCUCUCUAACUUUCUCUUCUCCCUCCCUACUCUGCUGGCCCUAGCUGCAGGGCUCUGGGGCCUGGCUGUUAAAAGGUCUCAGGGAAGUGGCUGGGGUGAACCCCUGCCGACAGAUCCUAUGCUGGUGCUGAUGCUAGGAGGCCUGGUGGUCAGUGUGGUGAGCCUGUCCGGAUGUCUGGGUGCUUUCUGUGAGAACAGCUGCCUACUGCACUGCUACUAUGGGGCUGUCCUCUCCUGUCUGGCACUGGAAGCCCUGGCAGGGGCUCUAGUGGUGACCCUCUGGGACCCACUGCAGGACAGCCUGAAGCGUACACUUCACGUAGCCAUCAUACACUACUGGAAUGACCCAGACCUGCACUUCCUCCUUGACCAAGUCCAGCUGGGGCUGCAAUGCUGUGGGGCAGAAUCCUACCAGGACUGGCAACAGAACCUGUACUUUAACUGCAGCUCUCCCGGGGUGCAAGCCUGCAGCCUUCCUGCCUCCUGCUGCAUCAACCUCCAGGAAGACAGAGCUGUAGUGAACACUCAGUGUGGUUUUGGGGCAUUGCACCUGGACCCAAAUGCAGCUGGACAAGUAGUGUACCUGCAGGGCUGCUGGCCUGUGCUGCAAGAAUGGCUGCGAGGGAACGUUGGCGCCAUAGGCGGCUGUGCUGUGGCUGUUGUCAUGAUCCAAGGGACUGAACUCCUGUUCACUGCCUGCCUGCUACGGGCCCUAGCUGUCCACAAGGCGCAGAGGACAUAGAACCAGGCCCUUUGCAAGCCGCUAGCAGUACCCUCCCCACCGAGCGCAGCUGAGAAGACUGCAAUGCAGACCAUGUUCCGAGCUUCUCCCCACCUUCCAGGGAAGGUGACAGACCCCUGGGCUUCCACUCCUGGCCCUGGCUUCUUUGCCACAUCUGUUCUAUCAGUCCCCAAGGCUCACCCAGAUGGCCUCUGUGCUGGUCCAAUUUCACAAUUUCAGUCCUGAUUUCUCAGGACCCAGCCAAGCCCAUGGCUGGCUUUUGCAAAGGCCACCGCAGUGGUCUGUGUCUGCAUAUACCUGCAUGCCCUGCACCCCACUAGA